AUGGGAGCUCGUCAAAGUCGUAACGGAUAUGAUCAAUGGGAUUCAAACCAACUUCAACAAGUUUCUGGUUUAUCUCCUCAACAAAUUCAACAACUUCAACAAGAAUUUUUUCAAGCAGCUGGACGUGAUGGAGUAAUAGAUAGAAAUGAAUUUCCUAAUGUAUAUGCUCGUUUUGCUGGUGGACAAGGUGUUUCACAACAACAAAUUGCUCGUGUUUUUCAAACAUUUGAUCGUGAUCAAUCAGGUUCACUUUCAUUAGAUGAAUUUCUUAGUGCUGCUGUUAUGAUGAACCAUAAUGUACCUCGUCAAAAUCGUCUUGAUUAUGUUAUACGUCAAAAUAAUAACUAUGGACGUCAACAAGGUGAUGGACGUAUUUCAGCACAAUAUGGUCAUCAAGUAUUUCGUCGUCUCAAUGAUUAUUAUGGUUUACCACAAGGUACUGAACAUCAAUGUUGGAAGCAAGUUGACCAACAGAAUCGUGGUUAUGUUAGUCAAGACGAAUUUAUGAGAUAUAUAUCUCAACAAGAUGUUUACAAUCGACGCUAUCAAUAA